UUUGUCUGGGACCCUCCAUAUUGGAAUCCCUGUCCGCUGCUAGGGAAGCUGUUGCGCAGCUCCGGUGGCGCGGUGACGCUGUGGGUGCUGGGCGAUGGUAAGAAGACGCCAGCGUCCCCCAGAAGUGGACAUGGGGUUGGUGUCAUUUGAGGAUGUAGCUGUGGACUUCACCUGGCAGGAAUGGCAGGAGCUAGAUGCUGCUCAGAGGACCCUGUACAGGGACGUGAUGCUGGAGAACUACAGGAGCCUGGUGUGGUUGGGUCACUGUUUAGCCAAACCUGAGUUGAUCUCCAAGUUGGAAGAAGGAUUUGAACCGUGGAAUGUUGCAGAAGCCACAGUACACUGCCUACCAGAUGUUCAUACUUGGAGUGCCCCAGUUGAAAAAAGCCAGCAAAUUCAAGAGAAGUGUUGGAGGCAAGUCACAAUCACCAAGAAAAAUACAUCAAGUGAAGAUAAGGUUGAUAUAGGAAACACAUACAAUGUGGACUCACACUGUAUUUCAAAUAUGACUCUGAAGAGUGAAGUCUGUUCUAGAAUGUUCUUUCAGGAGCUUGUUAAUCCAUUGCGAGAUGUACCUUUGCCUACUGAGGCUGGUGAGAGGCAGGGUACAGAAGUACCUCAUGAUCUGGAUGGAACUCAGGAAGCUCUCUCAUAUCCCAACCAUUUUACUCACCGUAGCAAGGAUCAGUAUCCACAGUGUCGUUUUCAGUAUUUUGGACUAGAUGAAGCCUUCCACACGAAAGCAAUAUUAACACCCGAGAUGUUUUAUGUUCAGGAGACCUCUAGGAAGUGCACUGACUGUGAUAAACCCUUUGAUGACGUAGCACUUCCUGCCCAAUAUAUGACUCAGUUAAGAAAGCAAACUUUGGGAUGGAAUAUAUGUCAUAAAACGUUCCUUAACAAGACUGAACUCAGCAACCGUGGCGACACGCACAUUAUGAACGACUGUAAAUAUGAUUACGAGAAACCCAUCACUAACAAACCGUUACAUCUUACAAAACAUCAGGAAGCACAUGCAGGGAAAGAGCCCCAAGCACACAAGGAAAACAUCAAAUUCUUCUACCUGGAUGCUGAGCUGCAAACAGUUGAUCCAAAACGUCACAGAGAGAAACAAGUUUAUGAAUGUAAAGUGUCUGGGAGAACCUUGUGCCACGAGUCAGAGCACAUCAGCCAGCAGAGAUCACAUGCCUGGGAGAACGCCUGUGGGGGUAAGGAAAGUGUGGGAGGUAGCUCUGAUGAGUCAGCCCUCACUCAACACCAGACACUGUGUGCAGAGGGGAAAGCCUGUGAAAGUAGAGAAUGCGGUAAGGCUUUCUACCAUAAUUCACUACUGUCUCAAUAUCAGAGAGCUCGUAAAGAUGAACAGCAAAGUGACUGCAAAGAACUAAUGAAAAUUUACUUCUACAUAUCAAGCCUCACUCAGCAUCACAGACCUCAUACCCCAGAGAAACCUUACAGAUGUAAUGACUGCAUGAAGACGUUCUCCCACAAGUCACAGCUCGCUCGACAUCAGAGAACUCAUACAGGGGAGAAGCCCCACGAAUGUAAAGAAUGCAGGAAAGCUUUCUGUCACAAGUCGCACCUAACCCGGCAUCAGGGAAUCCACGCACCUGAAAAACCCUACGAAUGUGAAGAAUGUAAGAAAUCUUUCUACCUGAGGUCGCAGCUCACUCAACACCAGAGAACGCACACCGGGGAGAAGCCCUUCGAGUGUAAAGAAUGCCGGAAAGCUUUCUUCCGUAAUUCCCACCUCACUCAACAUCAGAAAAUUCAUACGGGCGAGAAGCCACAUAAGUGUAAAGAUUGUGGGAAUGCAUUUGCCCGCAAGUCCCACCUCACUCAACAUCAGAAAACCCACACAGGUGAGAGGCCCUAUGAAUGUAAAGAGUGCAGGAAAGCCUUCUCUCGUAAGUCACAACUGAUGCAGCAUGAGACAACUCACACUGGUGAGAGAGCCUAUGAGUGCAAAGAAUGCAGGAAGACUUUCUAUCUCAAGGCGUACCUCACUAGACACCAGGUAAUCCAUAAAUCUGAAAAGCCAUUUGAAUGUAAGAAAUGCGGGAAAGCUUUCUCCCGGAAGUCAUACCUCUCACGACAUCAGAAGACACACAAAAGUGAAAAACCCUAUCUGGGUGAGAAACUUUAGGGAUAUAAUUACGAAGAAGGUUCCCAAGCUAGUUGGACCCUAAUAGGUGAGAAGCCCCAUGCAUGUAGGAAAAUGUGCUACUGUUACAUCUCAGCCUAGAUCAGAAAUUCCAUGCCAGUAAUAAACCCUACAAAUGGAAACGUAUGAAAGAAAGUUUUGCACAGGAGUUAUGCCUCACUAUAGGUCAGAGAGUAUACCAGUGAGAAGCCGUAGGAACUGUAGGGAUGCUGUGUUUAAGUUACACCUCAUCAUACGUUAGUGAAUUCAUACAAGUGAGAAACUCUAUGACUAUAAAGGAUGUAGUAGAGCUGUAACACAAGGGGUGAUGUAUCCAGGCAUAAGUCCUGUCAAUGUAAAUAAAGCAGAAAAUCCUCCUACCAUCAAGCAACUCACUAGCUACCUGGGAACUUAUAACUGCCAUUCAAGUUUCAACAACAAGGGAAAUUUUUCAACAACGGAGACUCCACUGUCUGACAGAAAACUCACACAGGUGAUAAACCACGCUAAUCUAGGGGAGUUUAGAGAGCCCUGGCAAGUAAGGAAUCCUAUGAGUGUAAAUGAUGCCGAGAUGUUUCAAGGAGCACUCGCUUUUAAUCUCUGCUUAGUGCUGCUCCUUAUAUUUCAUUUGUACCGAGACAAGGCUAGGCUGGACAAUGGAGUAAUACACCUGAGACAAGGCUAGCCUGGACAAUGGAGUAACACACCUGAGAUAAAGCUAGCCUGGACAAUGGAGUAAUACACCUGAGACAAGGCUAACCUGGACAAUGGAGUAACACACCUGAGACAAGGCUAGCCUGGACAAUGGAGUAAUACACCUGAGACAAAGCUAGCCUGGACAACGGUGUAAUAUACCUAUUUUUUUUUCUUGAGACUAGAUUUUCCUAUGUAGACCAGGCUAGCUUCAGACUCAUGGAAAUUGACCUGCCUCUGCCUCUGCCCCCACCUCAAAUACUUGGAUUAAAGGCAUAUGCUACCACACCUGGCUUGUAGUAAGAUGUUUUUAAUAAAGAAGAUUCAGUCAAAGUGUAUUGGAUACUCUCCUUAUAUGAAACUUAUGGGAAACAAACCAGUUUGGAACCAUAUGUAAGUAUUCUAAAAACCAUAGAGUGGGAUUUAGAGUCUGGCUGGAAUCAGAAUACCACAAAGACAGAAGCACAGGAAGAUUACAGGGACUGUGUUAAUGUACAGGUCCAUACUAGAAGCCUCCAUAUGUCAGUGACAUUACUCAAAGUCACACAUCUACAGUCAUUGCAUCACUUGUAACAUUCUCAUACCCAUCCUUUCAAAUUCAUAAGGCAGCCUGCUUUGUCCCAUAUGCCAAAAUUAGCUGCAGUCAAUUGAUAAUUUUUCUUUGGUUGCAUUCAGUAAAAUAAAUCUUUUUUAUUAGA